CUCUCACAUGUUGUGUACAGGCACCGGUUGCUAAGCGCGGUUAUCACGUUGAGUACCAUUACAGCCAAUACUUUUUCUAUCAUUAGUCGGUUGAGCAAAAAAUAAGAAGAUGAACGUGGUUGCAUUAAUAAGUGGAGGCAAAGACAGCUGCUACAACAUGAUGCAGUGUGUUGCUGCUGGGCACCGGAUCGUAGCUCUGGCCAACCUCCGUCCUGCCAACACAGACGAGUUGGACAGCUAUAUGUACCAGACAGUGGGCCACCAGGCCAUAGAGCUGUUUGCUGAAGCCAUGGAUCUGCCCCUGUAUAGACGCACCAUCCAGGGCAUGAGCCUGAACAUCAGCAGAAACUACAGUGUGACAGAGGGGGAUGAGGUGGAGGAUCUGUAUGAGCUGCUGCACCUCGUCAAGGAAAAGGAGGGUGUCGAGGCGGUGUCUGUAGGGGCCAUCCUCUCCGAUUACCAGAGGGUCCGUGUGGAAAAUGUAUGUUUGCGUCUAGGUUUGCAGCCCCUGGCUUACCUGUGGCGCCGAGAUCAAGAGUCCCUGCUCUCCGAGAUGAUAUCGUCUGACCUCCAUGCUGUCCUCAUCAAAGUUGCCGCCUUCGGCCUGGAUCCAGAGAAGCACUUAGGAAAACCUCUGGCGGACAUGGAGCCCUAUCUGAAACAGCUCUCCCAGAAGUAUGGAGUUCAUAUUUGUGGAGAAGGAGGUGAAUAUGAAACCUUCACCCUUGAUUGCCCCCUAUUCAAAAAGAAGAUGGUCAUUGAUGCAGCGGAGACGGUGAUCCACUCCGCAGAUGCCUUUGCUCCAGUUGGCUACCUAAACUUCACCGCGAUACACACAGAGAACAAGGAUGCCGAUGUGGUGGCGAGAGCUUUGCCCCAUGGUAGUUGUCCUUGCCAGAACGCCAUUGACAAGAUGACUGAGGAGGUGGAAUAUGCUGAUCAAGCUCAAGACAACCAGCAAGAAUUUACAUCAAAUUGUGACCUUAGUUGUCAGCAGGGCCACGAUCUCCUUCCGUCCUGCUCACCAAGAAGCUCCAAAGGCUAUCAGUGGAUCUCUGGCAUCAACGGCCUUCAGUGCAAAGAUCUCGGGAUCCAGGGCCAGACAUCGGCUGCUUUCAAACAGCUGCAAAGUGAGUUGGACAGCAGAGGCUGGAAGAUGCAGGACAUCAUCCUUAUUCAUCUGUAUGUGAGGUCCAUGGAAGACUAUGUUCCUCUCAACGAGGUCUAUAAGGAACACUUUGGCGUAAACCCUCCAGCAAGGGUGUGUGUUCAGGCUCCUCUACCUGCCAGCCAGCUGCUGCAGAUGGACUGCCUGCUCCAUGACUGGCCCGAGCCCCUGGAGGAGGGCUGCUUCCACCAGAGGGAAGCCAUGCAUGUCCAGAGCCUGUCCCACUGGGCCCCAGCCAACAUCGGACCCUACAGUCAGGCCCUCAGGGUUGAUGAGUCGGUUUUCUGCGCGGGCCAAAUUGCAUUGGUCCCAUGUACCAUGCAGCUGGUAAAGGCUGCCCCCAGGAUGCAGGCCCACUUGUCCUUCAGCUAUGUGAAGAAGGUUCUAGAGGCUGUGAUCAGCAGCCUGACUCUAGCUCAUGUGGUCCAGGCCCACUGCUACAUCACAAGACACCAAGACAUACCCAUUAUCAGGUCCAUCUGGGAGAGCAUGCUGAAGGCCGCAGAGGAAGAGAAGGACUUUCAGUGGGAGCCUGAGUUCCAACCCGCGCCAUUAUCGGUCAUCGUGGUACCGGCCUUACCCAAGGGGGCAGCUGUCGAGCUUCAUGUCAAUGCAAUUCAGGAUGAUCCCACCAAAAGGACUUCCUGCCACAUGACUACCAAGGUAGCAUGCGUAUCCAUAGAGUACCACACUGUGAUGUCGGCCGACAUGCGUCACGCUUCACUCUCACUUUCCCUGUCUGUGCCCAGUGACCCGGAGGUCACAGGCGUAACGGAUGUAACGGACGCAAUUGCCGCUACGUUCAAGCAAGCCAUGGAAAAGAUGGAUGCCGAGCUGGUGCCGUUAUGUGCCAGGGUGUUCUACAAGUGCCGCCACUCCGUGGCACAGCAGAUUGUUCGAGGACUGGAAGAAAGUUUGAGAAGCUCUCUAGGAGAAUCCAGUCCGUCUGUGGCUCUGGUUCCAGUCCUGGACUUGCCUGACUCCCAGAUCCUCCACCUGUCCUGCUGGCUCAGUUUAUAGACACACAGCCAGAGUCAACAGCCAGAGUCUAGUCAUCCACAUCACUGGAAUUCAUUUGGGCUUUUCUGAAGGAGUGCAUCUGACAACACAACACCUAAUGACUUAAAACAGGACAUCAGUGCAUGUGGAAAAUACAAACUGCAUAACUGCACAUUAAUGCUGAUCACUGCUGAUUGUCGAAAUGCAAAGCUUUUCUCUGUCUGCACGUGGUUUUGAUUACGUGCUACUUUGAGGGUGUAUUUAUCCCACUUCAUAACCCAGAAUGUAUAAUUCACUCCUCUGGAGUUAAAUACUGCAGCAGCUGUUAUUCUGCCUCGGAGAAGAGUAUUAUGGAACUUCUACAAGCUAAAGCUGCAUACCAGAGGACUGGAGACCAUCGUCUACAAUAGGAGACACCAGCAGUGUCUCAUUCCACGAGGCGAUAAACUGUAUCCCCUGAUAUCCCACUGUUUCUGCUGGAAUUUCUCUCACCACGGCGGCUAACACCCCUCAUAAAGGCCUAGUGCCACCGCUAACACCAUCUGUUCAGUUGUAAACCUAUAGAUUUACUGUGCGACUGUUUGUGGCAAUGUGUAAUGUGUGCGGAUGAGGUGACUGUGUUCCUCGCUCUCAUGCUCUAUGGGAUCCAAGGUGUGUUAUUAUUGUGUAAUAGGCAAUCAACACCAAGCACCUGAAAAGAUUAAGCCUCUUUAUGUUUUCUAUUGAUUCUAAGGCAACCUGGUUAAUAGGAGAGGGACACUACAACACACAGCUGCAGGGCAGGUGUGUGUGUGUGUGUGUGCGCGUGUGUGCGCAUGCGGCUGUCGAUGGACAUUGGGACGAUGUGGGAAGAAAAUAACACCAUUAACCAUUGCUCCUGGAACAUUUCUUUUCUCAAAGAUCAUGAACCGUAUUGAUGAUCGAGUUGGAACGCUUCUUCACUCCGGCUAUUCUCUUCAUUGUGCUUGUGAUGGCGGGAGAGUGGAGUGAGCUAUUGAUCUUCACCCACCGCAAUGUUGUUUUGAUUGUUGUUAUCAAAAAUUGAACAAUAGAGGCAGCCAAUAGGGCCUGAAGAUUUUUAUUGAGAGUUGAAAAACACAAACAAGCAAUUAUUUAUGAGAAAGAGCAAGCCGAUGCCACAUAAAUAUACAGUGUGUGUGUUAAUGUUCACCGGUUUGGCUUUAAAGGGCCUCACCAGGGGGACAUUCAGAAUUGUUGAAUGAUGCAGCUGUCCAAUGCACACAAAGAUGUAGGUAUAUUUUAAUAAAGUACUUUCAUUAUAUACACCCCCAGUCAAGUAAACACGAUACAUUUAAUCCACAAAUAUUUGAUUAUACUUGAGUGUUUUCAAUAAAUGGAGCUGUUUAACAGACACAUAUUUGGCAAUGACAACAUAUAGCUGAAGACAUCUUACUAAAAAGGUUUUCUUUGUCAAUGUCUCUUCUUUAAAUGUCUAAAUGUUUGUAACAUUUUGAAUGCCAAGCAGCGUAUUAACAAGACUGCGCUGAGCAAACGUGCUUGGCCUGCAGUCUUGGUAAGCAUACAGGAAAGAUUGAGAAAUGUUGUUUUGUUCAAAUUGAUCAAUGAAAAUAAAGAAAUGGCACACACCA